GCGGCCCAUUGUGUACGUUGCCCAUGCGUCGUCAAUGUGCGUUAAUAGUAAUCAAUGCAGUUUCCCAUUUCCUCAAAAGUAUCUUUGGACAUUCAGCCUACUUUCACGCUAUCCUCGAGUUGGGACAUCCCUGCCCCCAUUCAAGUUCCCAUUUAAUUUGGUUAAGCAGGUGAUGGCCUUGCGUGCGUGUGGAUUCAUUGUGUUUCGUCGGCUGGCACAGUCUUCACCUCCCCCUGACAACAUUGAGUACCUCCUCCUACAGACUUCAUAUGGCAAGCACCACUGGACCCCACCCAAAGGCCACGUGGACCCUGGGGAGGAUGAUCUCACCACCGCUCUGAGGGAGACGCAGGAAGAAGCAGGGCUGCGUGAGGAGCAUCUGCAGGUGGUGGAUGGCUUUCUCCAGGAGUUGCGCUACGAGGUGAGAGGGCGGCCCAAGACUGUUCUGUACUGGCUCGCGGAGCUGAGGGACCCCAAGAUGGCCGUCACGUUGUCGAAGGAGCACCAGGACUACCGCUGGGCCAAGCUGGAGGAGGCCUGCUCCCUUGCCCAGCAUAAAGACCUACAGGACACCCUGAGGGCAGCACAGCAACACCUAGACCCAUAGCAAGGGAAACAUUAAGACACUAAUGCACACAAUGUUGUGCUAGGAAUUGUGAAGAGCAAGCUGCAAAAGCAAGUCUCUAGCUUUAAAAAACGUGUUUGUAACCUCGUCUCCAGGCUAUUGGGCACAGAUGCGCGAGACUAGUGUCUGUGGGACUGCACAGCCUUGAUAAUUAAUGGAACAGAAAGUGUGAAUCUAAAGUGAGUUAUAAUUCCUAAUUCUAUGGUGGUAAUUUGGUCUGAGCAAGUCAUUGAACCCCUGUGUCACAUACUUAUACCCCCAAGGAACUGGCACCAAACUUAAGGGUCAGAAAAGGAUAACCUCUGUACUUUAUUGACUACCCCUGUGCUUGGGAAUCAGUGGCCAAAUCAUUCAAUAGACACAAUAAGUGUUUUAUGUGUUAACAUUGUGUGAUGACCAAUAACCUUUUUGUCUUGCACUUUAAACAAGAUUAAAAACCAUCCCUUAAAUAUGGACCUUUCAAUAUGCAACUUCAGCAUUGACUAACCGAUCUUUCACCCUUACUCCUGAUAUAUUUAUGGUAAAUAUACAGUAAUAUGAUUUAUGAUCACAAUGAGUGGGCAAAUCUAUACACAACUAUAUGAUAGUUAAUUGGACAAGGCAACUACUGCUGAGAAUUGCACACUCACCUAUAAUGUACUGCGAUCCUGCAACACAUCACCACCAGGGAGAGACAAAAACAAGUUGAGGUGCACCAAUUCAUUCUCCGGUCAGCCAGGGCACAAUUCAACCAGUGGCUCAUUUCAUGCUUGAGAAACCAGAUGGGAGGUACUUUUGACAAUAAUGAAUUUAGAUCAAUAUUUCAGGUCAAAUGAGCAGACCAACAUCCAAUGGGAACUCAUUCAGGAAAAGCCCCAGAGCAUUCACCCAAUUCAAGUCCUCAGACCUACCAGUUCCAAUGGCGUCCUAAACAAGUUCCCGUGAAUGCAAAAGGAUAUGGUUAAAUUCACCUGAAGUAAAUUCUGUUAAACUGUGUGUCCUUUUAAAGUUGCAGUAAACUCAUUGUGGCAUUU